AUGUCCCUCUCCUUCGGCGUCACCCAAGUCCCGCUUAUCUACGUCUUUGGAGUCAUGACUUGCGAUGAGUACUAUCGACACCAUCCAAUGCCACCACUUGGGACGCCAGCAUACAAUAACCGAUGCAAGAUCCAUUCCAUCGAAGCCAGCACCGCUCGCUCGGUCGCUCUAAUGGGUAGCGGGACUACGCUGUUCGGUGUGGCGAAUCUGUUUAUUACAGGCUGGACGAUCAAGGCUUGGGGAAUUAAACGAGCGUUGCUUAUUACGAUUUUUUGGCCUGCUGUUAGACUUCUCAUUCAGAAUGUUGGAGUGGCCAUGGGGGCUGGGAUGGGCAUUCUUAUCACCCAGUUAAGCCAGAUUAUAACAAUCGUUGGAGGACCGGCGGGAUAUCUGCUGGCGCUGAAUAGUUUUGCGACUGAGGUUGUGUUGCCUGCUGAGCGGACGGCGACGAUUGGGAGAUUGACUGGGUGUGCGAUGUUUGGAACAGCACUAGGCUACCUUGCAGGAGGCCUCUUAAGUGACUGGCUCGGCAUCAUUGCACCAUUCAGAAUCACACUUGUGCUCUUCUGCCUCUCCACAGCGUAUGGCUACCUAUUCCUGCCAUACGUCCCACUCAGCGACGAAGUGGAACAGAAAGCGUCGAAGAGCAUCGCAGCGUUCUUUGCUCCGCUCAAAAUGUUCACCCCAAGGAAGUGGAUGCUGCCAAACGGUGUCGUGCAAAGAGAGUAUGGAGUCCUUUUGCUGGGUAUAGGAGCCUUCAUGGCCGUCUUUGCCACAGGAUAUAUCCCAGUGCUGCUCCAGAUGUACGCCACAGAUGUGUUUGGGUAUAGCGCUUCGGACAACAGCAAGCUGAUCAGUCUCAACUUUGUGAUUCGGGCGACGUUCUUGACGUUCGCGUUCCCAGCAAUCAUCAAUACCGGGCGAAAGUGGCUGGACAAGCGACAAGGAAAAAUACGAAAGCAGAGCGGCGGAGAAGGAGGAACUGACAAAGAAGAGGAUGGACUACCGACAAAUCCAGACCGGCUGGCUCCUGCUGCAAUGCCUACGGGAGAAGCCAACGCGAACGAGCCAGACGAACCACUGCGGCGCACAUCAACCGCUCAAAGCAGCAAGAAGGAAGAAAACGAGUCAUACGCCUUCGAUCUCCUGUACACCCGCUGGAGUCUCAUCCUCGACGGCGUACUCACAGCUCUCGCAACCUUCACCAGCCAAGGCUGGCAGAUGUACAUCGUGGCCGUCGUGAUCCCGUUCGCCGCCGGCACUGGUUCAGCUGCGAAAGGCACCAUGUUGCAGAUGUGCACUCCGGAGCAGCGGACGGAUGCUUUGAGUGCAAUAUCUUUGCUUGAGAUGGUGGCGAGACUGAGCACGACGAGUCUGUUUGGUUUGGUUUUCAGCGGGUUCGCAGAGCUGGGGAAGCCGAAUUUGACGUUUGCUGUGAAUGGUGGAGUGGCUGUGGUUGGGUUUGUUGUGUUGCUGUUUGCGAGAUUCCCUCCUGAUGGUGCGGUGAGGUAUACGAAGGAGGAUGAGGAGGGUGAACAUGGUUGA